GAUAGAGUAGGUCAGACCCAUUAAAAGGGAAGUCUUCGCCUUUCUUGAAGAACACUAUUUUCAAACACUAUUAGGCCUUCGCCAGGCACUCUAGACCGAAUCUUUACUAUUUUAGGCUUCCUCUCCCACACCGGUUAGCAACCGAGAGAAGAGUGAAAGUCAAGCGGGAACCAUCCCACUUCCAAUGCCAAGUCUUAAGCAAAGUUGCCCCCAUCUAGCCGGCUUGAAGAGAUGCCAAGAAGAAGAAGCUCUUGGAAAGCUAGAGAAUCAGCAGCUUUUCUUUGUGCCAACCCGCCUAGAAGGAAGAAGUCUGGGGAACUAGAGGUGAAAGAAAGGAAUGGAGCAGAGGCAUAGUGAAGGAGAUGAGGAUCCGGAUGAAAUUCUUUUUGAGCUCAUACCAGCUUUAAAUAGAAAUCCAUCCCUGUGACCCUUUUGGCUUCUCUAUUACAUGAGUCCCUCCCGAAGCCCUGACCUUAUGCAAGACUUUGAUUGCUUCUGUCUUCCUUUCCUAUUGUUAAAUAAACAAGAAAGAAAAGAAGGAAAGAACUUCAAUUUUAGCACAUUUUUACGAAAAAGUCUUUCUUUUUUAUUAUAUUAGCAUAGCAUUAAGUAGUAAACAUUUUACACUAGG